AUGGUCUCAGAACUGCUGGCGGCACUGGUGGUGAUGCUAAUGCUGCUACCGGACGGCACAGUCCCGGUGGUCCAGGCUCAACAAUCAUCCGACCGGACCGGCGCCAUCAUCUUCCCGGACGAGCUGAGCACCCGGUACGAGCAGGAGCGGGAAACGCUCGCGAAGGAGAAGCGCGAAUCGUCCCGGCGCCGCACCGACGAGGCAAGUGACGAAUGGGAUAAAGAUGACGCCCGCUAUGAGUAUGACAAUGGUUCGGAAGAAUUCUACGGGCUGCCCGUCGACUACGCACGUCAGCUAUCCGAACUCAACUCUACCACUGAUAUGCUGAACCUGCUCGAUCCGGACUCGAUAGAUCAGCGUGUUUUUAUGGACGGUGGAGAGUACAGUGGACGUGACAUUGGAGUUAAUCCGGUACCGGCAUCGUGCGAACCGGAUUCGCAACUCGUUAGUCUACGACCCGAAAAUCUGACCAGUCCACGCUUCUACUUCUAUCCCUCCUGCACGCGUGUGAAGCGUUGCAGUGGCUGCUGCAACACGAACCAGCUCGUCUGCGAACCCGUUGCCAACCGUACCAUUAUUUACAAGGUGAAUAUUCUGGAGUAUCGCAGCGGCAAGCGGGACAAGUUCUCGCAUCUCGAGCUGGUACCGGUGGAGGAACACGUCCGGUGCAAGUGCCAGUGCCGCGUGAAGGAGUGGCACUGCACGGAGAAGCAGGUGUACAAUCCGAACAACUGCCGGUGCGAGUGCACCAACAAGGAGGACCGGAACCGCUGUCUACAGGAUCGGCAGAUCAAGCAGUGGAACCCGAACACGUGUACCUGCGACUGUCUGCCGCGGAACGAGGAGUGCACCAGCGGAUCCCACUUUGAUCGUAGCGCCUGCAAGUGUCUACCGAACGAAUUCUACGCAUAUGACGGGGUGGCAUCGUACUGGGACCACCAUCAGCAGCAGCAGCAGCAACAGCAGCAGCGACCCAUCGCCUUAGCGCGCUCUGCCGCUUCCGGGUAA